AUGUUGUUGGAUGAGUUGCCUAUCUUCGAACAAAUUAAGAAACAUAUUUUAAUUGAUGCUACAGAUAAGAAUCAAUUAAAAUCAGGUAUUAAUAGUUCUAGCAGAGAUGGUAUGAGCAAGAAAAAGAAGAAUAAAGUUAGGUUUUCAAUAAACAAUAAUAUUAACUCUGUGGCACAACCCCCAUUAUCUGCAUACACUCCAAUGGAAACAAGACCUUUUUUGAUAAAUCGUAGUGGUUAUAGCAACAAUAAAGGAUAUAGAAUAAGAAAAUCUUAUGAUGAAAGUAACAUAUUAAUUGAACGAAGAAUAUAUCAGAUGAAGAGUAUCAGAAAGUUGGGGAUGAAUUUAUUCAAACCCAUUGGUUUCCAAUACCGUAAGACAGAUUUUACAAAACAUUUUGUAUCGAAUAAAGUUAAUGAUAGUGACAUUUCUGAUCCAAUAAGAGAUAAUAACCAUAGUAGUAGUUUUCAGUUUCUUGAAAAUACAGGAUUGGGAAUCAAUAUGAAUAUUGAGAAUGUGGAUAAUUCAUUAAUUGUGCCUAGACAAGAAUUAUUUAAUGACCAAACAUUUAAUGGAGGGAAUGACGUUGAGACUAGUAUGAGUGAUUAUAGUAGUACAACUACUAGCAGUCGUGGUUCAAUAAGUGACGAUAAUAUACAUGGAAAUGAAGAACAAGGUGAAUUGUAUAAUAGAGACACACAACAUUAUAUUACAAACAGUAGUGGUAUACGAUCAGGGUCAUUUAGGUUUGACGGGUCAUUAACAUAUUCUUAUGACAGACUAUCCAUACCUAGAUUCGAAAGUUCUGAAAAUUGCGAAGAUGGAUCAGAUAUAAGUAAUGGAUCUAUAUCAGAUAAAUCUAUGGACGAUUACUUGAAUGAAAUAGAAGAUGAAGAUUGGUAA